CGCAGCCUCGCCACUCGCCCCCCGGGACUCGCCCCCCUCCCCCCGGCCGCGACCACCAUGGGGGACGCCGGGAGCGAGCGCAGCAAAGCGCCCAGCCUGCCGCCCCGCUGCCCCUGCGGAUUUUGGGGGUCCAGCAAGACUAUGAAUCUCUGUUCCAAAUGCUUUGCUGAUUUUCAAAAGAAACAACCAGAUGACGACUCUACUCCCAGCACAAGUAACAGCCAAUCAGACCUGUUUUCCGGAGAAACAAACAGUGACAACAGCAAUACCUCUUUAACUACAGCGACUGUUAACUCCAACCAGCCCCAGCUUUCGACAGAAUUGAAUGUAACUUCACCAAGCAAAGAGGAAUGUGGGCCCUGCAUGGAUACAGCUCAUGUCUCAUUAACUACGCCAACCAAAAGAUCCUGUGACUCAGAUUCUCAGUCUGAGAGCGAGGCUUCUCCGGUGAAACGGCCACGACUCCUGGACAAUCCCCAGCUGCCCGAGGAAACCAGCCGGUCCAAACAGAAGAGCCGCCGCCGAUGCUUCCAGUGCCAAACCAAACUGGAACUGGUACAGCAGGAACUGGGAUCGUGUCGUUGUGGCUACGUGUUCUGUAUGUUACACCGCCUUCCCGAGCAGCACGACUGCACGUUCGACCACAUGGGCCGCGGGCGAGAGGAAGCCAUCAUGAAAAUGGUGAAACUGGACCGAAAAGUGGGGCGAUCCUGCCAGCGCAUCGGGGAGGGCUGUUCCUGAGUUGCCAGACCCGCGCCACCCAAUGCUCUUCUUAGUUCACUAAUGUUAGCCUUAUUUAGGACAAAGUCAGCCAGACACCUUGUACUGGGCAAGUUUCAGACUACAGCCAAUCAGCUUCCUUUCGUUAGCCAACCGACCUGGUACUGUAGUUUAGGGGUUGAUGAUGGUGGUUGGAAUUGAUUUCUGGCUGGUUACUAAGGUGCCUGCUAGCCACUGUAUGAAAUUAAAACGUGAAGAAUAAUUUUUUUUUUUUGAGCAUGGCUAGUGGAUUUAAAGCAAAUGAAAACAAACAAAACAAAAAAAACCAAGCAAACAAAAUCCAAAGGCUUCUCUCACUGCUGGAGUCAAACUUAAAAAAAAGCCUUAAGUGGGAAAGGUCCCAGAAGGAGACUGUGAGUAAACAGAGGAGCAGAAGGCGGUGUUUAAAGUUCCCGGCACCCACCCGACCCAACCGGCACCUCUGUUUAACGUGCAGCCUUUCACCUCUUCACACACCCCCAGUUCCGAAGACGUGAAACCCCCACUUGACCCCCGCCGGCCGGCCGUGGCUCCCCGGGAGCUCGCGGGCCGCUCUCGGGGUCUUUCCGGGGAGCCUAGCGGGGCGAGAGGGGUCUGGGGCGGGAUGUGGUUGGGGGGGAGGGUGGGGGAACGGGAGAGAUUCUUAUGAAAACUUUUUUAUCGACUCGCUCCGGAAAAGCUGUUUCGUCAUCGAGAAGACCAUAACGUAACCUCGCUUCCAAAAUCGGCUCCUCCCCGACCCCGAGCGCGCAAAAGGACACCGUGUUUCUCCCCCGGACCCGCGGCGCCCCUCGCCAGCCGAGGGCCCUCAGCAGUCGUCACCGGCGGCGGACCACUGACCAGGCUCAGCGGAAACCCGAUUGGCUCUCGUUUGCCAUUUGCUAAGUGCAGGUAUCUGAUCACUCAUCGAAUAAGGCUAAUUCACAGCACAGUAGCCACGGCUGGCUUCUUCGAACCGGACUCUCUCUAGCUAGGCUUAUAUAUUGGGGGUUGGGAGGGGCGGGAGGGGAGGGGAGGGAAGAAAUCGACAUAGCAAACGGAGGUCAGUGACAGUAUUGGGGAAUAAGCAGGAAAGCCACCACCGCCUCCUCCCCUGGGACCGGGCCCUCUUCCCCCUCCCAAAUGUUGAGAUAAUCAGAUGAGCUUUCCGCCUCGUGUCUAAGCAGCCUCGGCCUUGGUCUGGCGGAAAACCGCCGGCCCGGUCUAGUGCAAAGAAGGCGUAGGAAGUGACAGCGAAGCGGAUGGCCGGGGGCCGCACUGGAACGGUUCAGUGUAACCGGGCGGUCCGGUCGCACUCCCCGAGCUGCGUGGAUGACGCUCAUCUACACAGGGUUCAGACCCGCCUCCAGCUGGCAGAGCCCCGGCCCGUCCCCUCUGGGGCAGGGGGUGCUAACAAUCAGGUUUUUGGAGCGGGGGUCGACGGGAAGCCCGGUGCGCCCCGGACUUGGAAUUCGGGGCAGAGCUAAGAAAUCUCAGAAUCCCUCCAGCGUACCAGGUGGGAGAGGCAGAGGACGCCCGUGGGGCCGGCUCACCCCGAGCCACCCGGCUCUCUGGAGGAUGCGGGGUGGGGGGAGGGAGGUUUGACGGGGCCAGCGCCACGCAACCGCACAACCGGCGCUGCCUGCGCUUAAACACGCUCCAUCCUGAGAAGGGAAAAGGAGAAACCGUGUUUCUCGACGCAGGUGGAAUCGGCUCCAUUUCCUGCCUUAACGCUCGUUUCCAGGAGAAGGUCCCGUUCCCUGCCAGAGGAGAGGGAAAAACGGGAUGUUUGGCAGUUUUAACCCGCGGGCUGUGGCUGGGGACGGUCCCAGAGUAGGGCUGGGCAGUGUUUGGGAGCAGGAGUCUGAACUCCACGAGACAUCGGGGGACUUGAGGGGCUCCUCUGCCCAGCCCCCUUUCCUAGUCAGAGGUGCACAGGUGGCUGCACGCUGCUGUUGAGGGAAGAGACAGAGAGAGAGAGACAGAACGAGAGAGAACACGAGCCAGUUCGAGUGGCUGACGGACAAUGUUCACAAAGUUGAGGGGAAAAGAGUUGUUCCCCUGCCGUAUCUGUUCUGUGAAGUUUGUUAAACUUAAAAGAAAGCUUAAGUUCUUGUAUCUUAAAAAAAUUCUUAUUUAACCCCUUUGUGUUCUAGAUUUACUUACACAUGUAGCCUAGAGCUCAGUUUUAGUUUAACAUGGUGAAAUUAUUAAAAGAAUCUUGUAACUUUA